CCUGGUGGCAGGUACUACCGUGCUGCGGCCUAUCACUAGUUAUUGGAACGCUCAGGGACAGUGGACUGGGAGCCUGAGAGGGACUAGGAGGGGGAUGUUGGAAAUUUGACACAGCCAAAACGAGACGAUCUCAACCGUUGCCGCGUCCCUUUGCCUCCUUUUCCCGCUUGAUACUUUGUCACUACUGAAAAAAGCCUACGCCCCCGCUCUCCCGAAUACCAACCCGAUUGCCCGUCCUACCUUACCGAUCUCGUUGUCCUGCACUUUCAAUUUAUUCCUUCUCCUUCCUUCCCUCCUUCACCCUUCAGACCAAGUGCUUUGCAGUCUUUUACUGUGUAGCUCUCCAUCAAGUUUCUCUUCCUGCAAACAACACUCCUACACCUUGUCUAUUCACUACUCGAAACAAUGGUCACUUCAACAGCCUCUAACCUCGAGCGCGAGGACCACGCUCGCGAUGCUCAAUUCAACAAGGCACUGCACGGUACGAGCGCUCAGGCCACCGGUGGUCUUGCCGCCAUGUUCAGCAAAGGCCGUGAUGCGAAGCAGGCUGCCGUCGAUGAGUACUUCAAGCACUGGGACAACAAGGCUGCAAAGGACGAAACUCCCGAGGAGCGCGCAGCCCGUACAGCUGAAUAUGCGACCUUGACCAGACACUACUACAACCUGGCGACCGACCUGUACGAGUAUGGCUGGGGCCAGUCCUUCCACUUCUGCCGCUUCUCCCACGGCGAGCCCUUUUAUCAGGCGAUUGCCCGUCAUGAGCACUACCUUGCCCACCAGAUCGGAAUCAAGGAGGGUAUGAAGGUGCUUGACGUCGGAUGUGGUGUUGGCGGACCUGCGCGCGAAAUCGCAAAGUUCACCGGCUGCCACGUUACCGGUCUGAAUAACAACGACUAUCAAAUCGAUAGAGCUACUCACUACGCUGCGAAGGAGGGCCUGUCGAAGCAACUCGAUUUCGUCAAGGGAGACUUCAUGCAAAUGUCUUUCCCCGAUAACUCCUUCGAUGCCGUCUAUGCCAUUGAGGCUACCGUCCACGCACCCAGCCUGGAGGGCAUUUACAGCGAGAUCUUCCGUGUUUUGAAGCCCGGUGGCGUCUUUGGUGUUUAUGAGUGGUUGAUGACGGACGAGUACGACAACGACAACCUGGCCCACCGUGAAAUCCGCUUGGGCAUCGAGCAGGGUGAUGGUAUCUCCAACAUGUGCAAGGUCUCUGAGGGUUUGGCCGCCAUGAAGACUGCCGGGUUCGAGAUGCUCCACCACGAGGAUCUUGCCGACAGGCCUGACCCCAUGCCAUGGUACUGGCCCCUGUCGGGAGAGCUCAAGUACAUCCAGUCCGUCUUUGACAUCUUCACCAUUGUUCGCAUGACCAAGGUGGGACGAUUCCUCAUGCACAACGUAGUUGGUGGACUCGAGGCUCUCAAGAUUGCCCCUGCCGGUACGAAGAAGACGGCCGACAGUCUGGCAUGGGCUGGCGACUGCCUUGUUGCUGGUGGCAAAGAGCACUUGUUCACGCCUAUGUACUUGAUGGUCGGAAAGAAGCCCGCCAACUAGACGCCAAUUUUGUACGCUUUGGAUGCAGAGAUGACGGCAUAGAUGGACACCAACGGAAAAAGAUUCGAGGCUAUGACUUUUUCUACUCGCUGUAUGAGUGUUAUACCAGUACUAUAAUUGUAAUUAGGCAACUACAGCCAGACGGCUUUAACGACAAGUCACGGUUGGCCAUGAUAGACAGGAAGUUAGGAAAUGUGGGUGAGAGUUAUUCUAGAGAAAGAUAUGUUAGCCGAUUAGCUGGCAAAAGUGACUGACUACUAUACACUAUCACAUAGACGUGAGUCCAAGACGAGAGUUCCAC